UGGAGUUGUGACAUCAACAGCAAUAAUGAAGGCAGCUCAUCGAUGGCUGGGCCCAGGGGCUAUAAAAGGAAGUUGGAGAGUCCAGUGCUUAUCAAAACUGAUAGAAGCUAACCACCAAACCAGACUGACUUCACUUUAUACCACUGGUACACAACUUUUACUUUUAAUAGACUGAGGAGAAUCCACCACCAGAGGUCAUGAUGGUCAACAUGCGAAAUUUGGACUAUAAAAUCGUGUUCAUUUCCCUCUGCAUUUUGCACCUCUUCACUCUCUGUGAAGGGCGCCCUCUAAGAAAAAGGACGGUGAGUGAGGUCCAGCUCAUGCACAACCUCGGGGAGCACAAGCAGGUGCAGGAGCGUCAGGAGUGGCUGCAGAUGACGCUCCGGGGCAUCCACACCGCCCCGGCCCGGGGCAGCAGCGGGGACGCGGGCCGCACGAGGAGGAGGCUGAGUCCCGAGGAGCUGCCCGACCUGAGCGACCUGACAGCGGAGGAGAUCCAGCACGCUGUGAACCUCUUGGAAAAGCUCCUCAAGUCAAAGCAGUCAUGACUUCGGUUGAUUUUAUUUGACCUUCGACAGCUGCAGCAACAUUUCCAACAUCCUUUUAAAAUUUGAGGCUAUUUUUCUAUGUUGUUUUAAACGUUUCUAGAUGUCUGAAUGCGUGGGUCUUUUAUUAGAAUGUGCUUUGAUUUGAUUUAUUUUACAUUUUCACUUUAUUUAUUUCAUUUUAUUUAUGAAAUCGAUAUUUAUGAAACUGACAAAGGGAAACUGUGCCUUGGCGAGGCAAUUCUUCCCCGUUGUGUAUGCACUUUUAUUUAACAGGUCGUGAUGUAAACCACUCUAAAGCUGCUUACUUCAACAAACUGAAGGAGAUAAAUAGUUGGACCAACAAUGUUGUUUAUGAUUUGAUAAUGCCCUUAUCAACGGGCAUUCCUGUCUUUCAUUUCAUGUCAAUGUCAUCCAGUUUAAAUGUAUGUAUAUAUAGGCCUACAUUGUAGACCUAAUCGUAAUGCUACUUAUUUUUGACUGUAAAACGUCAAAACGGAUAUCUAAUGUUAGGCUUAAUAAUAGGCUAUGCACUUCAACAACACAGAAAUACAUUGUAUAUUUUUUAUAUGUAUGUUUAACGAGGCCUAUGUAGGCUAAAAUAGGCCGUUUUAUUUUUAUAAGUAGU